CAGGAUUGUAUUGAAAAAUAAUCCAGGCGGCAUGACUAACUGUUAUCCCCGUACUCUUGUAGAGGCGAGAUGAACCCCUCUGCCUUUGCUCAGUCCGGCCCCCUGCACCCAAGUCUGGACCCUGGGGGGAUGGUGAAGCUGGGGGAGUCUGACAUGGAGCUGCAGAAGAUGCUGAUCGAUGAGCGGAUGAGAUGUGAGAACCACAAGACCAACUACCGGACUCUCAAGGCUGAACAUACUAGGCUGCAGGAUGAGUUUACCCGGGGGCAGGGAGAGCUGAAGCGUCUCCUCAGUGACAAGCAAACCGCCCAGGAGAAACUGCAGCUGCUGCUGGCUGAACUCCGAGGUGAGAUGCUGGACAAGACCAGAGAGCUGGAGGAGCUACGACUACAGGUGCUGACCCCCCAGCGGUUGGAGCUGUUGAGGGCCCAGGUGCAGCAGGAGAUGGAGGGGCCUGUCAGAGAGCGCUUCAACAAACUGGAGGAGGAGACUGAGAAGUACAGGUCUGAGUAUAACAAGCUGCGGUAUGACUACACCUUCCUGAAGUCUGAGUUUGACCACCAGAGAGAGGAGAGCGCUCGCAUACUGGAGGAGAAGAAGAUCCGCUUUGAUGCUGAGGUAUCACGGCUGGAAAGGGACAGAGAGGAGCUGAUUGGCCAGUAUCAGGGCACAGACCCGUCUAGAGACGGUAAACGCGUUGAGUCUCUGCUGAGAGAGAAGGCCCAGCUCCACCUGCGUCUGAAGGGCCUGGAGGCUGAGGUGGCUGAGCUCCGGGCUCAGAGGGACAACUCUGGCCAGCAAGCCGAGAACGUGCAGCGCAUCCAGGUCCGCCAGUUCGCAGAAUCCCAGGCUGCAGCCAAGUCACUGGAGGCAGAGAGGCAGUCACUGCGCCUGCAGUUGGAGCGUCUGGGGAGCGAGUUGCAGCUGAGUCAUGAACAGAACACCCAGCUGACCGGCAGACUACACAAGGCUGAGCGAGAGGUCAACACUCUCACCAGCCAGGUGGAGGGCAUGAGGCACUCUCACAAGCUGGAGGUGGCCAAUGUGAAGCUGGAGUGUGCCAGGUCUAGAGGGGAGGUGGAGCGGGAGAGAGACACACUACAGGGCCAGAUGGAAGGCAUGCAGUCUGAUGUGGAGGUGUUGAAGGGAACAGUGGAGAGACAGAAGGAGGUGCUGGCUGAGAGGGAAAGGGAACUCGUCCGGAGGGUGCAGGCUGCUCGCGAGGAGGAGUUCCACAAAACAGCCAUCGUCCACGAGGAGAAGUUGGUGCUGGAGGAUCGACUGGCUGAGCUGGAGCAGCAGAGGGCGCUACAAGAUGCUGCUGGCCACACCCAGAAAGAGGAGUGGGAGGAGCGUCUCCGUGGCGCCCAGCUGGGGGAGGAGUCUGCCCGUAAAGAAUUGCAGAUCCUAAGGACUAAACUGCAGCAGCAGGGCUCUCAGCUGGAGGAACUGCAGACACAGAAGUCAGAUAAUGCUGAUCUGAGACGGCAGAACCAGGAGCUGGGGGUGCAGCUGGGUACGUUGUCCCACGCCGAGGCUGAGCUUCUGGAGACCAACCAGCGUCUGAGGGACACCCUGGAGAGGGCCCGGGAGGACUUGAGGAGCGCCCGCUCACAAGCUGAGAGGACCCAACACGAAGCCGAGAGAUUGGUGGAGGAGCGUCGUGUGGAGUGGUUAGAGGAGAAACACAAACUACAGGAGAGGGAUGCAGAGCUGCAGGAGAAGUACGGCCAGGCCAAGGAGAAACUUCAGAGGGCCGCGCUGGCACAGAAAAAGAGGAAAAACAUGACAGAGAACAAGGAGAAGAGAUACCAGGACAGGAUCCAACUACUGGAGGCUAAGAUGGCAGAGCUGGAGCUCCAGACCAGCUCAGCCAAGAAGCGUCCUUCCUACACCGAAGAGCAUGCCCUCCUUAACAGACGACUGAAGGAACUGCAGCGCCGACACAGCGAGUUCCGACGCCUCCUAUUGGGCAACCAGGUGACCUCUGCCACAGGCCCUGCCCUCAUGACCUCCACCACCGGCACAGGACUUGGCCCGGUCCUCGUACCCGAGUCUGAGGGGCCUAGUCUUCAUGAGGAGCAGCACCAGAGAGAGUUAUCACUGCUGCGUCAGAGGCUGGAGGAGUUAGCCUGUACGCAGCAGCAGCAGAUGGAGGAACUGGGGCCUCCCAUGGACAGGAACAGGGGCUCUGGCCUGCACGACUCUCUCCCUGAACUCUGACCUCUCCUCUCUGACCCCCCCCCCCCCUAGAGAGUGAGCA